GUUGAAUUUUGCGCGCAGCCCAGGGCGGAUGUGUUAGCGGCGAGAAACCGAAAAAGUCACCACGAUAGAAUAAGAAUCGCAGUUGGAGUCUAGUGCUAUCUAGAUAGUCGCGAAGAAAGUUAUUCGAAAAGUGAAAGAGUUCAGUUUUGGGGUUGGUUUUGAGUUUUGGUUUCGAACGCGGAAGCGAGCGGGAAAAUGGAAGUGCCAGCGGGCAAUUAGUGCAGCCAGACAUAAAGACACACUCACAGCUCGAAAACACAGCAAAACAAAAGGAUUGCGACUGUGAAUUAUAAAGUAUAAAUUAUAAGCAACGACAACACAUCCACAGCGGAAUACGCAGCGACGACAGCGACAACAAACAACAGAAAGAAACUGAUAUAAAGUUCAAAGUGCCAGCGGCAAGUGGAACCACAUGACAAGUAGACGAGCCUCGGGAGCAACCCACUGCAAAACCACCAACAACAGCAAUAUCAGCAAUAGCAGCAAUAGCAGCAACAACAGCAACAACAGAAACAAAAUGACAAACUGCCAAAGUUCAGUGUUCAUAGUCGUAGGCACCCUGUUUUCCAUCCUGGCAGCGGCUCAAUCGGCACCCGUUUCCACCACCACACAGGCGGAGAUCUACCUGUCCCAGUUCGGCUAUCUACCCGCCUCUGCCCGCAAUCCCGCCAGCAGUGGGCUGCACGACCAGCGGACCUGGGUGAGUGCCAUCGAGGAGUUCCAGAGCUUCGCGGGACUGAACAUCACCGGCGAGCUGGACGCGGAGACCAUGAAGCUGAUGUCCCUGCCUCGCUGCGGAGUUCGGGACCGCGUCGGCACCGGCGACAGCCGCUCCAAGCGGUACGCCCUGCAGGGCAGUCGCUGGCGUGUGAAGAACCUCACCUACAAGAUCUCCAAGUACCCCAAGCGGCUGAAGCGAGUCGAUGUGGACGCGGAGAUCGGUCGCGCAUUCGCCGUGUGGUCCGAGGACACCGACCUGACCUUCACCAGGAAGACCUCCGGCCCCGUGCACAUCGAGAUCAAGUUCGUGGAGAGCGAGCAUGGAGACGGCGAUGCCUUUGACGGUCAGGGUGGCACCCUGGCGCACGCCUUCUUCCCUGUCUUUGGCGGAGAUGCCCACUUUGACGACGCGGAACUGUGGACCAUUGGCACGCCUCGAGGCACCAAUCUGUUCCAGGUGGCCGCCCACGAGUUCGGUCACUCCUUGGGACUGUCCCACUCCGAUCAGAGCUCCGCUCUGAUGGCGCCCUUCUAUCGCGGCUUUGAACCCGUCUUCAAGUUGGACGAGGACGACAAGGCGGCCAUCCAGUCACUGUACGGACGCAAAACAAACCAGCUGAGGCCCACCAACGUGUACCCGGCCACCACACAGCGGCCAUACUCUCCUCCAAAGGUGCCACUGGACGACUCCAUCUGCAAGGACUCCAAGGUAGACACGCUCUUCAACUCGGCGCAGGGCGAGACCUACGCCUUCAAGGGCGACAAGUACUACAAGCUGACCACGGACUCCGUGGAGGAGGGCUACCCGCAGCUCAUCUCCAAGGGCUGGCCGGGAUUGCCGGGCAACAUCGAUGCGGCGUUCACCUACAAGAACGGCAAGACGUACUUCUUCAAGGGUACCCAGUACUGGCGCUACCAAGGCCGCCAGAUGGACGGCGUCUACCCAAAGGAAAUCAGCGAGGGCUUCACGGGCAUUCCCGACCAUCUGGACGCCGCGAUGGUUUGGGGGGGCAACGGCAAGAUUUACUUCUUCAAGGGCAGCAAGUUCUGGCGCUUCGAUCCGGCCAAGAGGCCGCCGGUCAAGGCCAGCUAUCCCAAGCCCAUCUCCAACUGGGAGGGUGUUCCCAACAACCUGGACGCAGCGCUGAAGUACACCAAUGGCUACACGUACUUCUUCAAGGGCGACAAGUACUACAGAUUCCACGACGCCCGAUUUGCUGUUGACUCGGCCACGCCCCCCUUCCCCAGACCCACCGCCCACUGGUGGUUCGGCUGCAAGAACACGCCCUCGUCCACAGGUAAUUUCGUCGACGGUUCGGACAACGAGUUCGAACAGCACUCCAUGAUCCCGCAUGCCGACGAUGGCAACGGUGAUGACUUCGACGCAGGCUUUAAGAGACGCGGAUACAAAAACAAGAACAAUUAACCACAGCACACAUCCAGAAAGCACAACAGCAACAACAACAGCCGAACAAACCGAACAUCAACUCCAUAACAGCCCACACCACCACCACCACCCCCACCACAUCCACAUACAUAAGACUCAUGGCGCAGAAGAAUCACAAAGCGAAUGAGCCGCCAUAGCACAUGGCAUUCGGGCUUCUGGCUGCUACUGUCUUUUUUCUGCUCUCCCGCCUCUUCUCCCGUACAUACAUGUGUAUCUUGUGUGUAGUUGUAGUGUGGCAAUGCUGGUUCUUCCUGCUCACACGUAGUAUCAUCCUGUUGUAGACUGCUAGACCCCAUCGCAUCGCACAUCCCGCCCUCCCAGAACGCAACCUUGAUGUUGCUGCAUCCCGAGAAUUGCUUUAUGGUUUUAUUCAACACUUUUGUUCUUUAAACGAAUAUUUUUAUUUGCGGCUCCCAAACUCGCACCGAUCUACGCAGCACCGCAAGUGCCGAGUCUGAAUCCCAACCCGAAUCAGGGCAUUCUGCCCAGCUGGAUGUGGGGCCUGACGAACAGAUUCUUCUAGUCUAGAGG